AUGAAAUUUACAUCCGCAUUGUGUUCUGGUGGUAAAAAGAUAAACUUUUUUCAUAUAACUACACCGAUCUUUUAUCCUAAUGCCAAACCACAUUUAGGUCACUUAUAUACAGGUUUACUUUCCGAUGUUCGAGGUAGAUGGAGUAAACUUAAUCAAGUAAACACCAAGUUUAUUACAGGCACAGAUGAACAUGGCUUGAAAAUCCAGAAUGCAGCUUUAAAAGCACAUGUAACCCCACAAAAAUUUGUUGAUAAUUUAUGUUUAGAAUUUAAAAAAUUGGAUUCUAAAGGUUGGAUUGAUUAUACAAGAUUUAUAAGAACAACAGAUACAGACCAUAUUCAAAACGUAAUUGAAUUAUGGAAGAAAUGCUUUGCCAAAGGGUUUAUAUAUAAAGGCCAACAUAAAGGCUGGUAUUCUAUUAGUGAUGAAACUUUUUAUCCAGAAUCGCAAGUGGUAGAGGUUUUGCCAAAUGGCAAGGAGAUACCAUUGAAUAAAUCGGAGGUGUUUGAUCAAGACAACAUCACAAAUAGGUCUUUUAUCAACACUGAAUCUAGAAAUAAAGUUGUUUAUCAAUCUGAAAUCAACUAUUUUUUUAAAUUGAGUGAAUUCAAAUGCAAGUUAAUUGAUUAUAUCCGUUUUGAAAAUCCAGAUUUCAUCAAACCUGAAAUGAGGAAAGAACAAAUUUUAAAAGAGCUGGAAUCCUCUAAAGAGUUACAAGAUUUGUCAAUCUCUAGACCAGCCGCAAGACUAACUUGGGCCAUCGAAGUUCCGAAUGAUCCUUCUCAGAAAAUUUAUGUCUGGUUUGAUGCCUUGUGUAACUACAUUACUUCAAUUGGCAGUGUCCAAAGUCUUACAAAAAACGAAGGUGACCCAAUUAAUAUCAAAUGGUGGGAAAAUACUACUCAUGUUAUUGGGAAAGAUAUUAUUAAAUUUCAUGCCAUUUAUUGGCCAGCCUUUUUAAUGGCUGCUGGACUGCCUCUGCCCAAACAAAUAUAUGUUCAUGGCCAUUGGUUAAGCAAUGGUGUUAAAAUGAGCAAAAGUUUGGGCAAUGUCGUUGAUCCAAUUGCAAUGAUUGAUUAUUACGGUGUUGAUCCUGUCAGAUGGUACAUUUUAGAAAACAGCUGUUUGGAGGCCGAUGGUGAUUUUAUUGAAUCCCAACUGUGGCAAACCAGAGAACUACUAGUUUCUAAAUGGGGUAAUUUAAUUACUCGUUGUUGCUCACCUAAAUUUGAUCUGAAAAGAGCUGUUGGGAAGUUUUCUGGAAAUACUGACAAUAAUAGUAGUAUUUUUUUGGAACUUUGUUCAAGAUAUCUAGAAAAAGAUUUGGCUCCAACCUAUACAAAAUUACUAAACGACCUUGAAGUAUUGCCAGCACUAAUGGAUAAUUAUAUAACCAAUUUUAACAUGCAACAAGCUUUAAAAUUAUUAUGGUCUAUAUUGAAUGAUACAAACACGUUUAUACAAACAACUGAGCCAUGGAAAUGUAAAGAUAAUCAAGAUAAGCAAGAUCUAAUUAUUUACUUAGCUGUAGAAGUUAGUAGAAUUUUAUCUAUAUUAUCACAACCUGUUAUUCCUCAACUGUCUGCUCAAUUUUUAGAUAGAAUUAAGGUGUCUCCAGAAAGAAGGGGUUUGGAAUAUGCAGCAUUGGGUAAAGAUGAUAAUUAUGGUGUUGCUUGUAAUAAAAAGGGUGCCAUGCCAAUCACUAGAAUCCCAAUAAGGGAAAAACAUUUAUGA